UGGAACUGCACUCAGUGCGGGACGAGGGGUGAUAUAACUGGGGAGAAAGGUUGAGGCUUCGCGAUCGAGAGCCAUAACACGAAACCACUGGAAAACAGGGCUUACACAGAGGCACAAACCUGUAAAUGCAGCGGCUGUGAAGACCGAUUUGUCGAAGAGAGACUAGGGCUAAAAUGACAGGAAAGGGACUGAAACGCAAGCUCCCCGAAGAGGGUGAUCUCCCGGAGGGCUCUGCGGUCCAGAAGGGCAGCGGCUUGUACCGCGCGCAGCGCCAGUCCGUCCUCAACAUCUCCCUGGACAAGUACAACCGCGGGCAGAGGCUGCUGGAGCCCAGCCUCCGUCGCUCUGUCCUCAUCGCCAACACCCUGCAGCAAAUCCAAGAAGAGAUCAGGCAGGAGGCGAGCGACACUGGCACGGCACAGAUCGGCAGCCCGCCCACCGCUCAGAUCUCUCCCCUCUUCGAAUCCAGCAGCCUCAAAGAGGCCCUGCCCGCGCCUCCGUCCCGGCUUUCAAUGGAGAACCACCCCAUGGGGCUGGGGGACGGCGAUGAUUGGACGCUGCUGUCGUCCGAGGAAGACUUCUCCUUGUCUUCGGCCAUUUCCUCCUUGCUGAAAGAGCUGGACGUGGCGAUUGAUGGGAGUCCCGCCCCCUGUCCUCAGCGCACGCCCCUGGGCUCCAUCGAGAACCUGGAGACGGAGAAGGCGAACAAACAAGAGCCCUGCAAGGCGGAGGGCAAGCAUGGGGGCUGCAGGCCGUCCGAGACGGCGUUCGGAAACUUGGAAAUCAUGAGCUCCAGCUACCUCCGUGACGUUGCGCUCGACGAUCUGUUUUUGGACAUCGACACCUCUGUUUAUGAGCGGGACGCCGGCCCGCUGGGCGGCAGGACUUUGUCGGCCGCGGCCACCGACGAAUUUCUCAAGUAUCUGCCCUCCUGCCACCCCUCGUCUUUUUCCGUGAAUCCCAACGCGAGGGAUUUGAAUGAGCUGGAGCACAUCAUGGAAAUACUGGUGGGGUCCUGAUGACUGCUUGCCAAGCAGACUUUUUAUGUUCUGUGAUUUUAUUGAGGCUUUUUUUUUUUUUUAAAUGAGCAGAUGCUGAGUCAAACCUACUGCAGUAAUUCAAAACUGAAGCACUCUGCUCUCCCGAGAUGAAACCUGGGGUCCAAAAACACUCGUACUACACAAUGAAUGGUCUUCCGUGAAGAUUUUGUUUUUAAUGUAACUCCUGAAACCUCUUAAUAUAACUAAAACCUCAUAUAACGCCAUCCUGUACUACACAAGUUCAAUCUAAUAGUGGAUUUACCCUAAGAUUUCUAGUAGAGAAUUGACUAACAGGUAUGUCAAUCAGUAACCAUCACAGACCUCAAAACUACCUCCUUAUUUUUAUAUAUCUUUUUUUAAAUCUACUUCUCCCCGUUGCAGCGGCUAUACAAAGCAGAACGUUUGCCUGCAGUGUAGUCAAUGGGUGACUUCUUCACUUUGUUUGAGCUUUCAAAUUUCUUCCAAGUUCCGCCAAGCUGUUAGCAAAACUGACGCGAGGGAUCAAGUCUAGUGUUCUGCUCCGACCAAAAACCCGGUCUAAGGUAUUCCCAUAAACAUUUCAAUUGAUCGAAACGGGAUUAGUUAGGCAUUAUUUAUUUUUUUAAAUGCAUCUUGUAAUAAAUCUUUAGUGCUGCAGCCACCACUGAAAGGCAUCUCUUUUAGAAAAUUGUAUUCAGUUUGAAUUUUUUUUUUAAUGUAUGUUAACUCUUACCUUUUUUAAAAAAAAAAAAAAAAAAAGUUUUAAACUUAAUUACAAUAUAAAGAAUGUUGUUCUGGGUAGAGGCUGUAACUUUAAUCAUGACUGCUGUCCCUUUAAGAGCCCGAAUACCGACACACUGUUAAUUCAGUGUUGAGACGUUUUCAGUCGUUUUGUUUUUAUUACGAUUGAGUGUUUAAGUUAUGAGGGUACUGUCCUCUCAAAUACAAGCGCUGUAAUCUUUAAAGAAUCUUAUUUGUUGUAGCACAGUUAAAAAUGUGCUUUUUAGGUUCAGCUGGACGCCUAUUCAAACAGCACGGUAAGUCCUGAAAGGAUGCUUGCUGUUUCUCUAUGCAGGGGUGACUUGUAAAAGAAAUGCUGUUGGAGAGGAGUGGAGCUCCAACCUGUAAUUAACUGACUCCACUAAAACCCCUGAUAGUCGUGUGUUUGUUUGUUUGUUUUUUUUUUAUUUUAUGCACACUGCAAAAUGACAGCUUUACAGAUUGACAAAACUGACUUUAAAAAUCGAUGCAUAGUUUUUACUUCACUUGAGCUGUCAUUGCACAAGUUCGUUUUUUAAAUGUAUUUUUAAAUACUGGGUUUUCUUCAAGAAAUCGGAUGUACGCGGGAGAAACAUUUUAUCACAGGGAUGUUUUUGUAUUUUAUGAAGAUUUGUCUGUCGGUUUAAUUUGAUUUGUAUAUUUAUAUAUAUAUAAAAAAAGUAUUAUUUUGUAAAGCUGAAAUUGCUUCAAACAAACCUAACUUAUUUUCUGACAAAAAUACACGUCGAGGUCGUGGUGUGCAGGAUUAUAUGAAUUUAAUGGGUAAGAAGGUAGAACUGUAAGCAAACUAUGCAAAUACUGUAAGGUAUGUGUGAGUAAAUAUAUAGAAUUCAAUUCCACGAUGUAUUUACAGCUUUGUAAAUAAAAGUAGAAAAUUGAUAAGAACUGGUGCUUCUUUAUUGUACUGCGAAACGGCAGGUUCAUUGUAAUGUGUUUUUGAUAUAAAAGUUUAUUAAAACAAGUGAGGGGUUUA